CAUAUUUUAUGUACACCAUGACAUAAAGUUCUACCUUUUAAACUUCCGUAUUCAUUAAAAGGUGCUAUAUUCAUUGCAUGUACAGAAAAGGCUCGAGAGAAAAGAUUCUGUAUGGCCUCCAUAACACAUCAACUUUGUGAUAUUUGCAAGAGUUUAUCAAAAGCGACUCCUGCGUCGAAAUGGUGCAAUGACUGUGAGGAAGCAUUAUGUUUAAACUGCAAUAUACACCAUGCCGUUGCCAAAGCAACGAAAAUGCACAUAGUAGCUGAUAUUGAGGUACCAAAAUUUGUUUUCAAUCUUGACCAGAAAUUGAAAUGUAGCAUUCAUCAAACUCCGUAUGAACUUUUCUGUGGCACCCACGAAUCUCCGUGUUGCAUUUCAUGUCUGAAAACAAACCAUGAAACAUGUACUGGAUUUGAAUCAAUUGACGAACGUAUCAAAAGGGAAAUUCCAGCCAUUGAAAAUUUGUUGGAUGAUAUGAUUGAACGGCUAAAGUCUAUUCAAACGUUUUAUGAAAAACUUUACACGGAAAAAGAAAUGAAUAUGAAUGAAAUAAAAGAAAGUCAUCAAAUCUAUGUGAAAGAUAUUAAAAAAGUAAUGAAUGAAGUAAAUAAAGUAAUGGAAAAGCUUGAAAACGAUCUUCUGAAAAAACUUGAAGUAAUUACUAGCAAACACGAAACAUCGAUUAAACAAUUAUGUCUUGAGAUUAAAACAAACAAGGAUAAAACGGCAGAAUUAUUGCAGGGAGUUUUGACUCUUAAAAAUCAGGGGUAUAAUACACAUGCCUUUAUUGGAAAAAAUGAAAUUCAGGAAAAAGUAAGUAAUGAAGUAACCAAUGUAGAAGACUUCAUUAAAAAGAAGAAUUUAGACUGUCAUGAAAUUAUAUUUACAGUUAAUACUAAGGUACAGGAGUUAAUAUCAAAUCUUCAGGUAUUUGGUGAAAUAAAAAAUAGUGCUUUCUCUAGUUCAGUAACUUGUCUAAUAAAAAAACAAGCACAAACGCCAGUAUUUAACAAGCAGAAGUUGAUAUUGACAAAAGUACUAGCAGUUCCGUACGAAAAGUCACAAAACGUUGAAGGAUGUGCCAUAUUGCCAAAUGGUAAAUUUGUUUGUUUGUAUAUUCCUCAUUAUGCAUCUACUGACAAAGAACAAAACGACGGUGAACUGGUUCUAUUUAACAACAAUGGUUCAAUUAACUGUUCAAUCAAAGUAUCCUCUUGGUGCUUUGAUGUUGCAUGCAUAACCGACACGAGAGUAGCAGUGACAACAACUAAACAUCCAAACAUAAUCAUCGUGUCCUUAGAGUACAAAAGGGUCCACAAAACAAUACCUACUGAAAAUAUAUGCUACGGCAUUACAUACUUCAACCAUAGAUUAUACAGUUAUGGUAACAAUGAAGUUCAGAUUCGGAGUUUAUAUAAAGACGAAGUGAAAAGGGUGAAUAUACAGAGGCACAGGUCAACAGGUCUCGGUGAUUAUGGUUUUAUAGCAGUAGCCGAAAAUAGAAUAUAUCUUACAAGAGGUCAUGAUACCAUCUCAUGCUACGAUACUAAGGUGGCAUUCCUCUGGGAGUGGAAUAAUCAGAAUCUUAAAUUUAUCCGUGGUAUCACGCUGGACAAUAAUGCGAACUUACUUGCUAUAGGUAGAGAUUCGAACAGCAUUGUCGUUUUAUCUCCAGAUGGAAAGCAAUUAUGCGAGAUACUAGAACCUGAAAACAUUGCGUACCCAAAGGCAGUAAAUUUUGACCAAACGAACCAAAAACUAUUGAUUUGUGAUGAAAAGGGAGGGGCAAAAUUCUUUUCAAUUGCAUACAAACGAUAAAACGGAACAGGAAUAUAGAAAACUAACAUUAUCAGCAGUUAUAGUACGCUAAUGUAGUUUCCAUCAAAUAAUAUUUUUGACUGUCAGUAUGUGAUCCUUAUGUUAAACACAUACUACUAACAUAACGCCUGCCAAAGUUCGGUUAUUGUACUAUUAUUUGUAUGUUUGUCUUUUUAUUUUUAGCUAUGGCAUUGUCAGUUUAUUUUCAAUCUACGAGUUUGACUAUUCUUCUGGUAUCUUUCGCCCCUCUUUUCCAAACGCAGUCUUAUAAGUUAAAUUUUUCGUCGAUGAGACCAAAUAAACUUUGUUUUACAAAUAAUACACAGGCGUCACACUGUCCCAAAAUUACCAUUAACUGCCAUACAAAGAUUAAAAUUUGAAAUCGGCGCGAAAAUUGCCCUGUAGCCUCUUCAACAAGUCAUCCAAUUGAACAGCCGAAGUAUGUAUAGUCCCCACAAAAGGUCAAAUAAUGGACACACUAUUUAAACACGGAAAUAAACCUUUGCAAGGUCUUUCUGCCGAUUACAAAGUUGCUGUCAGAGCCUGAAAAACUUUGAAAUUCAACCGGCGAAUGAAAGGUACUCUUUGUUAGUUUUAGAAUGUUUUAUAUUUUGGAAUUAUGUUUUUCUCUCACCACUUUAAGAUAUCUAAUCUAAUAAAUUUCCGCAUCUGACUCUACUUAACUUUUCUAUCCCAAAUUCAUGUAUUUAGUUUUAUAUUUGUUAUUCUCAUCGGAUUUUGUUAAAUGUCUUAACGUUUGUAGUUGUAAAUAUUAUUUCUCUAAUUCUUCAUGAAUUUAUCCCUGUCUGCACCCAUUGUAUAAAAAAAUUAAUCAACGUGUGGUUCUUUUGAUCUCAGUUCAUCAUUGGUUAAAAUCCGAAUAUGACGUCGAAUUUUCUUGCUUUUCUCUGAAUUUCCUAUUGUGACGGCAUGAAAAAAGGCGACCAUGUUUGAUGACUUCACAUAGAAAGAACACAUCUUUUUGCAGAUUAUUCGUAAAGAAGGAACAAGUUUGCCUGCAUAUUGUCUAAAAAUCAUAAGAGAAACAGAUUCCACCACCAAAUAUCGUGUGAUACGAUAUUUAUCCACUCUCGACAGUUAAAUUCUAAAUAUUUAAAACGCUCGCGGAGGCUCGCGUUUUAAAUUGGAAAAUUUAACUGUCUCAAGGGAAUAAAUAUCGUAUCACACUCGAUCCAGUGGUAGAAUCUAUAUUUAUUAGAUUUUAGUUUGAAUCAACGAAAUAUACGAAAUAUUUGUUUAACAGUUUGAUUCAGGAGAAACACCGACAUAGCUAGUUAAUACAAUUAAUUAAUUAAUUAAUUACUGCCACCAUUUGAUGUUUAUUAGAAUUGUAAUUUUCAAUUAUUCAAAAUAAUCCCAAUUCUUUCUUAUUUUUGGGAAAUCUUUUUCGAAAUUCACAUGUGACAUCACUGCGUUGAUGGCUUUGCCUAACUCGGUUGUGUAUUUUCAUGUGCUUAUGUUAUUUUAUGUAAUGUAUCCGUUUUUAU